AUGAAACUUGAACGUGUAGCACAACACCAGCGGCUUUCAGAAUAUAAAAAUACAUUACCUACUCGAGAACUUCCAAGUAUUCAAAGUGUUUUUUUUGAACCUGUUCAAGAUACAAUCAAAAAAUAUUUAACAUUAGAAUCUGCAUCUUUUCAAAAUGUUCAAAUAUCCCAAAGCAUUUUAUAUCAUGCAAGUAUAUCUGCUGUGGAAUUCGAUACAUAUGAAGAAAUAAAUCAAGUUAUUUCUAUUCGUGGACCCGAUACAUAUAGAGCUAGCAUUUAUAAUAACAUUAAACAAAAUCAAGAAUAUGCAUAUGGCUUUGGUGUAGCCAAAAGCAGGUUAAAAUUUGCACUUGAAAAUGGGUUAGUUGAUGAAUUUGUGGGGCUGAUAAUAAGAUUUAUUGAAAAUCAUACUGGCGUUGAUACUAAUAAAAGAAUGACAGUUGAUAUUACCCAAAUUGAAAAUCCAAAAAAAUUGAAGCAUAAAGGGCGUCCAAAGUUGCCAAAACCAGCACAGCAGAACAAUCAAGAUUUGAAAACAAGAAGUAAAUCAAGACAAAUCGCUGAAACAGAUACUGAAGAUGAAUAUAGUGAAGAAAGUUCAUCACAAAAUCAAGCUAAUAAUGAUACAAAUAAUGGAAAUUGUUCUCGUCGUCAUUGUGGAAACUGUUAUAGAUCCGGACAUUAUUCUUCUACAUGUCACGAAGAUGAAAAGAAAAAAAAGAAAAAGUAA